CAGAAGGAAACAAGUCAUGUUUGGGAGAUGCUAAAUUGCUAUGAGAAAAAGAAAAGUGAAGAAAAUAUUUGGAAGCUCUGUGAAUACAUUAAAAACCAUGACCAGUAUCCUUUAGAAGAGUGUUAUGCUGUCUUCAUAUCUAAUGAGAGGAAGAUGAUACCUAUCUGGAAACAGCAGGCAAGACCUGGAGAUGGCCCUGUGAUCUGGGAUUACCAUGUUGUCUUACUUCAUGUUUCAAGUGGAGGACAGAGCUUCAUUUAUGAUCUUGACACUGUCCUGCCAUUUCCUUGUCCUUUUGAUGCUUACGUGGAAGAUGCCUUUAAGUCUGAUGAGGACAUCCAUCCACAGUUUAGGAGGAAGUUUAGAGUGAUACGUGCAGAUUCAUAUUUGAAGAACUUUGCUUCUGACCGAUCUCACAUGAAAGAUUCCAGCGGGAACUGGAGAGAACCUCCUCCAUCCUACCCCUGCAUUGAGACUGGAGAUUCCAAAAUGAACCUGAAUGACUUUAUCAGCAUGGAUCCUGAGGUCGGAUGGGGAGCCGUAUACUCGCUCUCCGAAUUUGUUCAUCGGUUUGGCAGUCUGAACUACUGACCUUGACAUCUGGACACUGUCCCAGGGUGAAAUUCUAGGAUAUAAACCUUCCGUCCUUUAUUUGGGACAGUAAAGUUGGCUCAGAAUUAUGUUUUUUCUCUUUUAAUCCAUUUUAGUUGAAAAUUUUGCAUAACAUUGGGGUUUCUUUUGAUAAUUUGAAUUUGAUAUUGUGUAUAUUUGCUAAGAUAUUCCUAUGAUUCAUUUGUUAAAAUGUGAUGACUUAUGCCAGUAACUGUUCUUUAUCAUCAUAACAUGGAACUUGUGCCUGUUCUGGGUGUUUUUGUCUUUCCCAGCUAUAUUGUAAGCUCCUUGAGGGCAGAGUUGUGACUCAUUGCUCUGUGACUCUUUAAUGCUCAUAAAAGGUGCCGAAAAAAAAAAUUGUGAUUGUGCUGCUGCUUGAAGAGGGCUAAUAAUUGUGAGCCGAAUCAGUCAUGAGAUUAGUUAUUUUGGCUAUUAUGUUCCUGAAAAAGAAUGUAGCCUUCCCAGGCUUGGGUAUUGUUUGGCCUAUUUAUGUUUCUAAAUAAAACUGAUUGAAAGUGAA